CAGAGGAGACGUUGGUUCUUGGGAGAUACUCGAGGAAAACAAGAAAAUAGCCGCCGCUGCUGCUGAAUGUUAACAUGCUGCGCUGCACGCCUUAAACAACACACACACACACACACACACACACGCACGCACGCACAUACACACACACACACACACACACACACACACACACUUGGUGUUGCUGCAGCUAUGCCAGGAAUACCUGCUGAAUCUCUGCUGCUGCAUGGGACGUGAUGGAUUCUACUGAUGGAAACUGACACCGUAGACAGCGACGGAGGAUAAUAAUGAUGGAAGGCAGAAUGAUUUGUCCCCAGCCGGAGCCACAGCAUUGCUCAACCGCCCCUCUGCUGCACAGCGUCGCUCCCUGAAGGAUACAUCGACCUUGACAUAUCACAGCGUGCAUGACAACCUGGCACGGACCAAACUGAAAGGUUGCCUCUCUUUGCCAAGAGCUGGAAGACAACAGGGCUAGAGCUUCGGGGACAAGGCGUCAGCAGAAAUCCACUCUGUCUUGCUGCAGUAACAAAUUAGCUUUUAUUUGUGAAGUUAACAGUGCUAACAGCUGACUCCAUAAGGGCCAAUUACUGGCUGAAGGGAAUACAGGGCCAAGAUGAAGGAGACAGCAGUUGUGGCUUGUUUGCUGGCUGAGCUAUCUCUGGCUGCUUUUGUUCUGGCCUCUGAGGGGGCCGCUCAUUGCCCUGCAUUGUGUCGAUGUGACAUACGACCCUGGUUCUCACCCAGCUCUAUUUACACCGAGGCUGCCACUGUGGACUGUAAUGACUUGGGCCUCUCGAUACUACCGGAGAGACUCCCCUCAGAAACACAGGUGCUGCUGCUGCAGACAAACAACAUCGUUAAUGUGGAGAAAACUUUGGAUUACUUGGCAAACAUCACUGAAAUUGACUUGUCUCAGAAUAACAUUUCCUCUGUGAGCGAUGUUUGUCUAGGGUCUCUCCCCCGGAUGCUGUCACUCCACAUGGAGGAGAACUGGAUUCAGGAGCUAUCUGACAGCUGCCUCACUUCAUUGCCUAAUCUCCAGGAGUUCUACAUUAACCACAACCUGAUUUUCACCAUUACCCCCAGAGCCUUCCAGGGCCUGAGCAGGCUGCUGAGGCUCCAUCUUAAUUCCAAUCGACUGACAAGCGUAAACAGCCAGUGGUUCCAGCAUUUACCCAACCUGGAGAUAUUGAUGCUGGGAGAAAACCCCAUCAUUGAGCUGUCAGACAUGAACUUUAAUCCCCUGGCGAACCUCCGAAGCCUUGUGCUUGCCAAGAUGAAUUUGACUGAAAUGCCGGACAACGUUCUGGUUGGCCUUGAGAAUUUGGAGAGCAUUUCAUUUUUUGACAACUUGCUCAACCGAGUGCCCAGAUCAGCGUUGACGAGAGUCAAGAAUCUGAAGUUUCUUGAUUUGAACAAGAACCCCAUUGAGAGGAUCCAGAGAGGUGACUUCAUGGACAUGAUGCAUCUCAGGGAGCUCGGCAUUAACAGCAUGCCUGAGCUUGUUUCCAUCGACAGUUUUGCCCUGAACAACCUGCCAGAGCUGACAAAAAUCGAGGCCACCAACAACCCCAGGCUGUCCUACAUCCAUCCCCGGGCCUUCCACAAGCUCCCCAGGCUGGAGACUCUGAUGCUGAACAGCAACGCUCUGAGUGCACUCCACCGCAGCACUGUGGAGUCCCUGCCCAACCUGCGAGAGGUCAGUCUGCACAGCAACCCCAUCCGCUGCGACUGCGUCAUCCGCUGGGUCAACAUGAACAAGACCACCAUUCGGUUCAUGGAGCCCGACUCCCUGUUCUGUGUGGAGCCUCCAGAGUACCAAGGCCAGCAUGUCCGACAGGUGCAUUUCAGGGAGAUGACAGAGAUCUGCCUUCCUCUGAUCUCACCUGGGAGCAUCCCGGAUCGGGUCGAAGUCAGCAAAGGGAGGUCUGUGUCGCUGCACUGCCGGGCGUUCGGAGAACCAGAGCCUGAGAUCAUCUGGGUGACGCCGUCGGGAGACAGGGUCCUACCUGGGAGUGUGUCUGAUAAGUACUACAUGCACCCUGAGGGAACCUUUGACCUCUACGAUGCCACGGAGCAGGAAUCAGGCUCGUACACCUGCAUCGCGCACAAUCUUGUUGGGGCAGACCUCAAGUCUGUGAUGGUUGCGGUGGAUGGAUACACUGCCCAGCAUUCAAGUCAACCUUUACAUAUAUAUAUCACAUCGGUCCAGUCUCAUUCUGUAAGGGUUUCCUGGGAGAGCACAGGGGGUUUGGUUUCACAACUAAAUUGGUCCAUUUUAGCCGACAGCAGCAGCCACUUGAUGCCAUUCACAGCCAGGCUUCCUGCUGAUGUCAAAGAGUACCACAUCAAACGGCUGAAGCCUUCCACUUGCUACCAGGUUUGUGUUGAGGUCACUGCAGCACAGUCUGGAUACAGCAGGGACUGUGUCAACGUGACCACAAAGGAGGCAGCGGCCCCGAGGGCGAAAACUGAGAACUGGGACAGUUUGGUGAUGGCUACUUGUGCUGUGUUUUUUAUCGUGGUUGCAGUCGCUUGCUCUGUCAUGUAUAUGUCUCUGUACAGCCAAAUGUUUUACAGAAAACUGAUAGCAGACCCAGCUGAAACUCUGUUGAUUCCCAGCACUCAUUCAUCCUCGUCUUCUUUCCUGGAAUUUGGUAUGUCUGGGAUCAAGGUGAGGGCCACUGUAAUAGACUUACCGGACGACUCCAUGUAAGAAAUGUCCUUGUCUGUAAAAGCACUUUGGGAUUAAGUGAAGAUGAAGAUUGAUGGACACUGGACAAUGUAAUUUACGUGCCCUCUUUUCAAGACUUUUGAUGGGACAUACUGCACUGGAACUCUGUGUGGCUUUAAAGGAAAAUUCAUAUACAUUUACAUAAAUCGCUACAAGCAGAGACUAUUUUGUAUUUCAAACUUGUGUCAUUAUAACAAGCUUAAUCAGGCAGAUAGCUUGACUAUAAUCUACAUGGCUACUGGUCAUUAAUGCAGUGCAACCAGAGAAAAGCACAGAGGAACUUUCUGUCUUAAAUACUUUGUUGAGACAGCUUUGAUGUCUGCAAAAAGCAUUUUCUUUGCUGUGUUACAUUAAACGGUGCCAAGCGAGGAUAGAAAAAAAAAUCUUGUUAGUCUAGUGUACAAUUAAACCGACUAUAAUGUAAACAAUUUUAUGAAAAAAUACAUUUUUCAUUAAACCUGUGUGGUGUCUUAUAACUACAAUCUUUUCUCGUUAAAUUUGGACACUUCCUACAACAAAACAUGCCUUUUAAAAUAUGUCUAUUGCCACACAAAAACAGUUUUCUUUGAAAUGCAAAUUACUAAUUUGUAUGGAUGAGGCUCAUAAAUCUUGUUGUGUCCCUGUCUGAAGGAUCCAGCAGCAGAAGUGUGAGGUCUGCUGAAGACAAACACAAUUACAGCAGCUGCCCUUCAAGGCAGGCGCUCUAAUACUGUUAGGGAAAUGCAAUGCAAUCUCAAACUGUUUGUUUUUGUGUGUGUGUGUAUAUGUACCUUAAUGGGUGUGUGUGUGUGUGUGUGUGUGUGUGUGUGUGUGUGUGUGUGUGUGUGUGUGUAUGUGUGUGUGUGAGAGAGAGUGUGUGUUUGUAAAGAGCGAGGACAUUGGCAAACCCAUUGACUUUGAAUUGCAUUAUAUUCUCUUUCAUUAAAAAUCCAAUAUGGAUUCCCAACACAAACCUCAGCAAGGUGAUGAAUCGGCGUCACGCGCAAACUGAUGGGAGGCAUUUAUCAACGAGACUCAGUCGUAGAUCAACCGAGUUUCAGCACUUUGGACAGGGCUUUUAGAGCGCAGCCAUUUGUCACCGCCACAUGAGCUAAAAUAUGACCCAUUAGAGGCAGGUAGUGAAUAGGUCAGCAAGAACGUGGCGCCCAAGCCAUCCUCUUCCCUGUGUGACCCUGGAGAGACACCGCCGCCGCAGGAACAGCUCAGCAACUAUUUGGCUCGUUUGUUAAACUCCUCGCAUUGAGCCGGGGUGGGGGGGUGACGUAUGGACCACAAAACCAGGACAAAGUAGUUUCAGUCCCAAACAGGACAGAGGACGCCUGACGCCUCACAGUGCUGAUGUUACUGCUCUGCUGUGCAAGAUAACCAGGCCCGGGUUCAUUAGAGAGUCUGCUGCUUCAGUGCGGUGAAGAGGAUUCUGGGUAUUUAGGAGAGCAGCUGCAUGAGAAAGGAAGGAUUAUAUAAAGGAGAUGACAGGUCGUUUUAGAGGCUUUUCAUUUCCCUUUGCUUCUUCACCUGUGCUGCUGGGUUCAGUUCUGCGUCACCCCCGCUGAGCGAACAAUAUGUCAAUGUGUAACCCUCACAGCAAAACGGAAUAAAAAUAGGAGUAUCUCAUCUCUUUUAAAAUCUGUCAAGAAAUAAAAAUAAAAGCCAAUACACAACCAAAAGAAAGAGAAGAAAAGGCUCCUCCAAGUGAGUAAUUGCUCACUGCUGAGGGCGCACAAACAAUAUGUUGUGGCAGAUCCAGGGGGAUCGUCUCCAACAGGAAUAGUUUUCCACGCAGCUUCUACACCAACUGGCAGGUUCAAUUAAAUCCACCCUCUAAAAUUGAAACCAGGACUCUGCCUCAUCAGGCCUCCACACAAACCAAUAAAGCUAACAGCACAUAACCUUACUAGCGCCCCCGCAGGAUUACAAAGCACAUCUGCUACAAGGUGGUGGAAGGAUGGUUCAUCAUCUGAGGAGCCUGAAUGAGCUCAAUGCAAUCUGGAAAUGAGAUUGUCUUGAAAUAAAUGUCUUGUGUGGAAAAUUGA